GGCCCUUGCAGCACCGAUCAGGGUCAGGAUGGGUACAGCAUGCAUGGUUGGUGGGCCGUCCAUACAUAUAUUUUUCAUUGGACUCCCAAAAAUGAAUACGGGGCACUCCGUGAUGUUGGCCCCAAGGCCCAUAUGUAGGGAGCCUCAGCCUUGUAAGUGAAAGCCCUCGAAACACGGUCGGUGGAGAGCUGAUUACAAGUUUAUUUAUAUCUUCGGUCGUCUUGGAGGCUGACCACUGAUCGAAAUCGCUUUGUUUCUCUGCGAGGAAGGCCUUCCAAGCCUGCAUCUUCUUUGUACUCGUAUAGAAGCCGGCCAUACGCAGUAUACACCCAUUAAUUCUCAAACUUUAGCAAUGAGUCCCGUUUAGAGGCUUCGGCCCGGUUUGAGGAUAUUUCCGUCCUGAAACGAGAAAGAGCAAGACCCAUAUUUCAUGCUUGGCAUGUUUCGAUUUGCAGAGAACGCCACUCGCUGUCUUCGCCGUUAUGGGUUCUCUGGCUGUUAAGCUGACAGGAUGGCAUGGUUUCUACCGUGAACAACUUCGGUUGACUCACCUGAGCUAGUGUUUCAAUGAACCUUGCCCUAUACUGGACUCCGGCAGGACGGCCUUGUUUGGUGACUAGAGUCCACAAAAAGGACCCAGUGGCCUGCCUGAGGAUGACCAAGGCGCUGCGCGAAGUGAUGCUCGUAUGCCGACGCUGCGGUAAAUCCACGAGAGUUAUGCAAGUUUUUUGUUUGAUAUCCCCAGUGGGCCCGCGUUCUAAUAUUAACACCCAAUUUUUGGGAACUCACAGCUCCAUGGUACUUCCCCACACGGCUAACAACCAAACAUGGAGGUUGAGGCUUGACCGCGUUGGAUCAGCCCGGCAGCGGCUCACGCUGCCUAGAUCCAAGCCAUUCCGAAAAUUGGUUGAUCCCGAAACUCCAUUAACUACUUGGCUUCUAAAACAGGCUUCGUGUUCAAUGACUAAGGAUGCUUAUUCUGCUCCCGACCAUCGUGGUAAACCGUGUCUGCAUCUUUGCCUACACCUUUCCUUGAGUUGACCACGGUAUACUCGGCUAGGCCGGCGAGAGUAAUCAUUAACUUUCUUCCAUAGACCCUUGCUAUCAAUCCAGUCGUCGACUUUCGCCCCUCGGCUUUAGUUCACAAUAUAUUCACAAAAGAGAGGGGUGUCCAUUCUUACCAUUGAUGACACGCAUGGUUGGUCUAUGAAAACUGUCACACUCAUUGUGGAUGGCCCAACGGCUCUACUCCGCCUACUGAAAAGUCCUGCGUCAAGCCCAGCCCAGUGCAAGCAACCCUCUGGAACCUUAUGCACAUCAGCAAUCGAGCUUAUCGUUGAAGCUUUCCAAGGCCCUUCAUAUCCGGCUCCCGUCCAGUCCCGAGCGAGAGGUAACCACGCCAAGUUUCGCAGAGGACUGGGAGUAGUGUACCUCAAGUAUUUUUUUUUUUUUAAUGCAUUCUCGCGUCUUCUGGCCCCCUAUUGAACGAAGUCGCAACUGUAUGUCGUCCAUAUAUGCCUAAGUUGUCUGCAAUGCCAUCCUACACAAAAGCACUAACUGAUUAAUCUUGUUUGUUUGA